AUGGUCGACCCAGAACCCUCCAGUGCAAGACAAAGCCUUCGAGGUCCAACUGUCUCCUCCACAACAAAUCAACAACAGCAACAAUCUCAGAUUCACUACCAUCAUCAUCAUGCUUUCCCUAUUGCAAAUACAAUCUCAACAGAUUAUGACCCAGACCAUCGCUCUUAUACCCGGCAUACUGAAUCUUCCCAAUCGGCCCGCCCAGGGAAACUCCCAUCCUCAACCCGUGGCCAAAGAAGUUCUGCCGAGGCCGGGUCUCUUUCCGAAAUGGCAGCAUAUCUCUCAGCUUCUUCUUCCCUCUCUGGGUCAACACAACACCCAGGUGACCCAGAAGAUGAUGAUGACGACGAUGGAGAUGAUGACGAUGAUGAUGACGACGACGAAGAUGAUGUUGAAGAUGAUAAUGAUACCACUGGCUCCGCAACCUCCGAUGUUUCGGAAGAUGUAAUCAACACAAGUUUAGGUACUACAACAAAUACCACAAGUUCAACCUCUGCAAAUACUUUGAUAGCAGCUAUUGCAUCCCCUCGGCCGGCAUCUCCUGGCGCUCCUGUCCUAUCUUCAACUUCACAACCGACUCUUUCCGUUGUCACGGGACACCUCCAAGCAUCUUCUCACAUCCGACCUUCUACUCAAACGUCAUUUCCAACCUCUUGUUCUGAUGCAAUAAUUACAGACUCGGCAACCAUUGAUGACCACCAUCCUCUUACCCGUUCAUCAACACGCUCUUCCACAAGCUCAGGCCUCCACAGCGCUACCGGACCAAGCCCCGUGCUUCAAGCUUCUACCACAGCCCAACAGCUGGUCCAAAUCUCAUCAUCUUCAUCCUCUACUGCUGAUGACCACAACAUGCAUUCGAAUAUCAAACUGCCACAACCUCUUCAAACACCAAAUUCAUCUUCUUCAUCCUCCUCCUCUUCUUCUUCUUCUUCAGCAACUUCCUCUUCAAAAAGAUUUAGGUUCAAGCAUUACCACAAGCCUAAGGUCACAGAAUCCCCCAGACUUGUGUUUUUAUGCCAACAAUUCAUUAAUGAAGGAGACGCUGAGAGCUUGGCUCUUAUUGCACGCCGUCGUGGACUCCCGCCAAAGCUGCGCAGACAGGCCUGGCCUUUGCUUUUGGCUGCACACCCUUAUGUCAAGGAACCAAGUUUAUGUGUCGACUCGAUGGCCCGGCCAUUGCCGGCAAAAGAUUCGGUUCCGUCUAAACGCAUUGCUAAUGAAAUUGCAAGAUAUCGCAAAAAGUUACAGCAACAACAACUACAUCAUCCGAAAAAACAACCCGUUUCUAUAACGGGAGGCCCUGGCUCGGUCUAUUCGUCUUCUGCUACCUCUUCCGCAUCUUCAUCGGUAGUAUCUGCUUACCAGGCUGCCAGCUCCACAGCUGGGUCGUUGACUCAGAAUCAUACCCAAUUACAACAAAAACUUCAGUUACAACAGCAGCUGCAACAGCAACAGCAACAGCAGCAGCAACAGCAGCAGCAACAGCAACAGCAACAGCAACAGCAACAGCAGCAGCAACAGCAGCAGCAACAGCAGCCGCAACAGCAGCCGCAACAGCAACAGCAGCAACAGCAACAGUCACAACAACAAGAAUACUCGGUCGCCCAAAAAUCGCCUCUCGGCAUGCCUCCGCUCACACAAAGCUCGCUGGACACAGACCCGUGUAACUCAAGCACCGCAUCUUCACCCUUUGUUCCUGCUCCAAUCUUAGCUCCAGGUUUGGCCCCUGCUACAGCUCUGCAAAUUCCUACUGCAGAAGACUUGGAUAUCCGCCGUGGAGCCGUGAUUCAAGACGCUGUAGAAACUUUUCUACGCCGUUGGGGCCAUAUUAUGCCCUACGAUCCUGGCAUGGUUUAUACUGCAUUUGCUCUGGCUGAUUGGGUUGACCCGGUUCCCAUGGCUCACCACCACAAUCAUCACUACAAUCAUCAUCAUAACAAUCACCAUAGCCUUUUUGCUUCUUCUACCACUGCCACUCCUUCAGUGGCUUCGGCAAAUACAUCUGUCCGCUCGGCCGUGGGAAGCAGGUCCGCGUCACCAGCACCCCCAUUGUCUCCGGUUACAAACAACAAUACAUUUUCUUAUUCUUCUUCUUCUCCUUCUUCUUCAGACAAUGCAUCUUUUUCUUUGCAGUCCCUUGAAAGCCCUGCCUAUUCCUUUUCUGAGGUUUUUAAUAACCUCAUGCUAGUGCUGUGUCACACGCCCAUAGAUUCCGCGUCUUCAGCAGCAUUGCAGCCAAAUACCUCUACUACUACACUUUCCUCACCUACCGCUUUUAGCAGCUCGAGCCGCACUACUAGCAGUAACAAUACUACUACUACUACUACCACAGCCAAUAAUACCACUUCUGCAGACUCUACGAGACGCACUGAUAAUACAAAGAGCUCUACUACAGACCGCAUUUCGCUUUUUUUGACUGCGUUCCGUAACUUGCUCCCAGACCUUGCUGACCAUUUUGACGAAGAAGACGUGCUUUCAGGUAUUGGUGGCGACGAGUGGGUUCUCUACUGGAUCAAAUGGCUAGGUGCCAAAGUCUGGGAUAGGCGUGAUCGUGCCCGUAUCUGGGACAUGUACUUGGGUUGGCGCCCUACCUCUACUGCAGACUCGGACCACAAAUUUAGUGAGGCUGUGGUUCGAACCGCUUAUAAGCUCAAUUACUCAAGCUCGUCAUCAGAAAAUGUCCAGCAGCAACCAUUCAGCGAGUCCACCGACGGAACUUCAACCGUCAUUUCUAGUCCGGCCAUGCAGAAUGAUGUGGCCACAGUUUCCUUGGCUGGUGCUCUUGAAAGUGUUCCACUGGCCUCGCUUUCAUUGUCUUCAUCCUCUGCGUCGUCUAUUCACACUCCAGCGUCACCGUCUAGUUCUUCAUCUUCUCUAUCUUUGAAUGCAACUGCAGCUUCUGCCACCUCUGCGUCCACAGUGACACCCACUUUGGCUCCAGCUUCUGCACCUCCCAUUGUUCCCUCAUCACCGUCUGCGGUUGUUCCUUCUUCUCCAGCCACAAUCAAGCCUAGUUUUGUGCUUGACAUUUCGCAGCUUGAGCUUGAGCUUGGUCCGGACCCCUUUUGGACGGCGCUCGAUACUCCUGCAGGAAAGACGCGGAUGGAACCGUUGACGGAGCACUUGUUUGUGUGUAUUGCACUUCUUAAGUCGAAAAACUUGACACUGCUGGAACUGGACCAAUCGGAGAUUCGCGGGCUGCUUGGAAGAUUGUAUCGAUCAAAGGAUAUUGAAAGUAUUAUAAGUGAGGCAGGCGAGUUGUGGCGCAGCUGGCAAUAUGCGGAAGAACUUGAUGAUGUUUAA